UCAAUUCUUGUAUAAAUGCAUCCAUUGUGUUGCAUAUUGCCGGAAAGUCCAGCGACUAGAAACCAGUCAUUGAAGCCGAGGAUGAAGUUAUCGAGAUCGUGUUCAGCCGGCAUGAGACCAGAUGACAAUGCCAGUGGUUUUGAAUCCUGUUCUGAUAGCAGAAGCUUCGCCGGAGUUCUAUAUAAGUGGACACAUUAUGGCAAAGGAUGGAGAUGCAGGUGGUUUCAGCUAUGUGACGACGUGAUCUCCUACUCGAACAACCUGCAAUCGGAUGCGUUUGUGGUCGGAGAAGACGUUAGGUUCAUCGGCAAUGUGUUUUCCGGCUGUCGUAUACGUCAAAAGCAUCAGAAAAAUGUUGGAGUUGUUCAUUACCAGGUGUUGUCGUUCCGCGAGAGCCAAUCAGAUGACCGACGAUUUUAUAUAUAUACCGCUACAAAGACACUUCAUCUCAGGACAAGUUGUAAGAAAGAGAGGCUUGCCUGGAUUGAAGCUUUGGCCUCAACCAAAAAGCUAUUAUCUUUAAGACGGUUAAAUGAUCCAACUGAUGCAUCAUUAUCAACUGAAAGAUUAAAGAAACGCUUACUCGAAGAAGGAACCAGUGAGGUGCUUGUUAAGGACUGUGAGCAGAUCAUGCUCUUGGAGUUUUCUGAAAUCCAAGGACAGUUAAAAAUUCUUUGUGAAGAACGCUCGAAUUUGCUCGAAAACGUGAGACAGUUAGAGGCUGCUAAUAUUGAAGUUGAAGCAUCUGGAGUUCCUAAAGGCGAGUAUCAACCGACACAAGAGGAAAUUACAGAUUUGGGUCGUGGAAAAUAUUGUGAAUGGAGUACAACUGAAUCUUCUGACGACUUUGAGAAGCAAGAGCUUGAGGAGGGUUCACAAGAUGAUGAAAUUUACUUCUUCGACACACAAGAUAGUUUUCCUAAAUUAACGACCCAACUUGAACAAAUGACUGAGUGCGAAAUCGUAAGGAGAAAGAAGCUUCCCGAUCCAGCCGAGAAAGAAAAGGGUGUGAAUCUGUGGUCUCUUAUUAAAGACAAUAUCGGAAAGGAUCUCACACGAGUCUGUCUCCCGGUUUACUUUAACGAACCCAUUUCAUCUCUACAAAAGUGUUUUGAGGAGCUCGAGUACUCUUACCUUCUAGAUCAAGCUUAUUACCAUGGAAAAGAGGGAAACAGUCUGCAAAGAAUAUUAAAUGUUGCUGCUUUCGCGGUUUCCGGAUACGCCUCUUCAGAAGGACGACAUUGCAAACCGUUCAACCCUUUAUUAGGGGAAACUUAUGAAGCCGAUUAUCCUGAGAAAGGAGUUCGUUUCUUUUCCGAGAAGGUUAGUCACCAUCCGACCCUAAUCGCUUGCCACUCUGAAGGUAAAGGGUGGAAAUUUUGGGGCGAUAGCAACAUCAGAACAAAAUUUUGGGGACGAUCGAUUCAGCUCGAUCCUGUUGGUGUUCUUACGUUAGAAUUUGACGAUGGAGAGAUAUUCCAGUGGAGCAAGGUGACAACCAACAUUUAUAACCUUAUUUUUGGUAAAGUUUACUGUGAUCAUCAUGGACUAAUGCAUAUACGUGGAAACCGACAAUACUCAUGCCAACUCAAGUUCAAAGAACAGUCUUUUCUAGAAAGAAAUCCCCGCCAGGUACACGGGUUUGUUGAAGACGUUAGUCGUAAAAAACACGCGACAUUAUUCGGGAAGUGGGAUGACAGCAUGUAUUACAUAAAUGGAGUGGUUGCAAAUGUGAAGCCAAAGGAUAUGAGUGGUGCAAAUCUAUUAUGGAAAAGAUCUAUGCCUCCGGUUAAUCUCACUCGAUAUAAUCUAACGUCGUUUGCUAUCACAUUGAACGAGUUAACACCAGGAUUGCAGGUUAAGGAGAAGCUUCCGCCUACGGAUUCAAGACUACGGCCAGAUCAGCGACACCUGGAGAACGGAGAAUAUGACAUGGCAAAUGCAGAAAAGCUACGUCUCGAGACCAGGCAGCGAAUGUCAAGAAAAUUACAAGAAAACGGAUGGCAACCGCAAUGGUUCCGAAAAGACAGUGAAAGCGGUACCUACCGUUAUGUAGGCGGAUACUGGGAAAAACGAGAGGGGUGUAACUGGGACGGUUGCCCAAAUAUAUUUGGUGAGGUUAGCCAAGAUAUUAAUAAUUCCACCAGCAGACCAUGAAGUAUAAGGACAAAACAUGUUUUGGAGAAUGUAUGACCCGAUUGUCAGCCUCGGUAAAAUUGCCUACUUAAUUAAUAGUUUACAAGUUAUUUGGAUACAGAAUAAAAGCACACAAAUGUCAAAAGAAAUUGCCCAUCCAAGUUGUUUAGAAGAACAGAAACAAUAAUAUAUCACAGCAGAUAUAUAGUGUAAGUUAUAAUAUAUAUAGGAUGUUCAAUACAAGACAUACUUUAUGUUGAGAACUGCGAGAACUAUUUGUAUAAAGUAUAAACAAUUGUACCAAA